GCCGAGGGAGCAGCCCCGGGCUCCGCCGAGGGGAAGCGGGUCCUCCGAGGACGUCACCUUGGGCUGAGCGCGCUGCGGGCAGGUGGGAAUGAGAUCCCGAAACCAGGGUGGAGAGAGCUCAUCUAACGGGCAUAUCUCCUGCCCCAGGUCCUCCGUCCUCAGUGAUGCUGAUGAUAAAAACCUCUCAGAAGAUGCAAAAAAGAAGAACAAAUCAAACAGGAAGGAGGAGGAGGUCAUGGCUUCAGGAACUGUCAAACGGCACCUCAAGCUGCCUGGGGGAAGUGAAAGACAGGGGAAAAAAUCUCUGGAGUUGUCCAAGGAGGAUCUCAUCCGGCUCCUGAGUGUCAUGGAGGGAGAGCUGCAGGCCAGAGAAGAUGUAAUCCACAUGCUGAAGACAGAGAAGACCAAGCCUGAGGUCCUUGAGGCUCAUUACGGAUCUGCAGAGCCAGAGAAAGUGCUUCGGGUCCUGCACCGAGAUGCUAUCCUUGCCCAGGAGAAGUCCAUAGGAGAAGAUGUCUAUGAGAAACCCAUCUCUGAGCUGGACAGACUGGAGGAGAAGCAAAAGGAAACCUACCGGCGCAUGCUGGAGCAGCUGCUGCUGGCUGAGAAGUGUCACCGGCGCACGGUGUGUGAGCUGGAGAGUGAGAAGCACAAGCACACGGACUACAUGAACAAGAGUGAUGACUUCACCAACCUGCUGGAGCAGGAGCGAGAAAGGUUGAAAAAGCUCCUUGAACAAGAAAAAGCAUACCAAGCUCGCAAAGAAAAAGAAAAUACUAAGCGGCUCAAUAAAUUGAGAGAUGAGCUUGUUAAGCUCAAGUCCUUUGCACUCAUGCUGGUGGAUGAAAGACAGAUGCACAUUGAGCAACUGGGCCUGCAAAGCCAGAAAGUACAGGAUCUCACUCAACAACUGAGGGAAGAAGAAGAAAAGUUGAAAGCUAUUACUUAUAAGUCCAAAGAAGACAGGCAGAAGUUGCUCAAGUUGGAGGUGGACUUUGAACACAAGGCCUCGCAGUUUUCCCAGGAGCAUGAAGAGAUGAAUGCUAAACUGGCCAACCAAGAGUCUCAUAACAGGCAACUUAGACUCAAGCUGGUGAGUUUAUCUCAGAGGAUUGAGGAGCUGGAGGAGACCAACAAGAACCUUCAAAAGGCAGAGGAGGAGCUUCAGGAGUUAAGGGAUAAAAUUGCCAAAGGGGAAUGUGGGAACUCCAGCCUCAUGGCGGAGGUGGAAAAUCUCCGAAAGCGCCUGCUUGAAAUGGAGGGUAAAGAUGAGGAGAUCACUAAAACGGAGUCCCAGUGCAGGGACCUGAGGAAGAAGCUACAGGAGGAGGAACACCACAGUAAAGAGCUCAAACUUGAAGUGGAGAAGUUGCAGAAGAGGAUGUCCGAGUUGGAGAAACUGGAAGAGGCAUUUAGCAAGAGUAAGUCAGAGUGCUCCCAGCUCCACUUAAGCCUGGAGAAAGAAAAGAACUUAACCAAAGACCUGCUAAACGAAUUGGAGGUCGUUAAGAGUCGCGUUAAAGAACUCGAGUGUUCUGAAAGCAGACUGGAAAAGGCUGAAUUAAGCCUCAAAGACGACCUUACAAAGUUGAAGUCGUUCACGAUGAUGCUGGUGGAUGAAAGGAAAAACAUGAUGGAAAAGAUAAAGCAGGAAGAAAGGAAGGUGGAUGGGCUUAACAGAAACGUCAAGGUGGAGCAGGGAAAGGUUAUGGAUGUAACUGAAAAGCUCAUUGAAGAGAGCAAGAAGCUUUUGAGGCUGAAGUCUGAGAUGGAGGAGAAGGUGUCCAGCUUGACAAAGGAGAGGGAUGAGUUGCUGGGCCGACUGAAGAGUGAGGAAGAGAAGUCCUGUGAACUCAGCUGCAGCAUUGACUCCCUGAAGAAGAGGCUUCAUGGGGUCGAGGAGAUGGAGAGGGACAUGAGAAGAGUGAGGCCACACAAAGGCCCCGAGCUGCCCUGCCCGGAGGACAACAAGACCAAGGAGCUCACCCUUGAAAUUGAGAGGCUGAAGCAGCGGCUGCAGCAGCUGGAAGUGGUGGAGGGCGACCUGAUGAAGACAGAGGAUGAGUACGAUCAGCUGGAGCGGAGGUUUAGAACGGAGCAGGACAAAGCGAACUUUCUGUCCCAGCAGCUGGAGGAGAUCAAGCACCAGAUGGCCAAGAGCAAAGCUCUGGAGAAGGGCGAGGCGGCGAGCCAGGAGGCCGAGCUGCGCCACCGCUGCCGGCUGGAGGAGGCCAAAAGCCGGGACCUGAAGGCCGAGGUGCAGGCGCUCAAAGAGAAGAUCCACGAGCUCAUGAACAAGGAGGACCAGCUCGCCCAGCUGCAGGUCGACUACUCGAUCCUCCAGCAGAGAUUCGUGGAGGAGGAGAGCAAGAAUAAGAGUAUGGGCCAGGAGGUGCUGAGCCUGACCCGAGAGCUGGAGGUCUCCAGGCGCUACAGCCGUGCGCUGCGGCCCAGCGGCACGGGGCGCAGGAUGGUGGAUGCGCCCGUGACCUCCACCGGCGUGCAGACGGACACGGGCGCCGACGCCGCCGAGGACGAGACCCCAGCGGUGUUCAUCCGCAAGUCCUUCCAGGAGGAGAACCACAUCAUGAGCAACCUCCGCCAGGUGGGGCUGAAGAAGCCGGUGGAACGGUCCUCGGUUCUGGACAGGUAUCCCCCGGCUGCGAACGAGCUGGCCCUCAGGAAGUCCUGGAUCCCCUGGAUGAGAAAGAGGGAGGCGGGGCCCGCGCCCCCGCCAGAAAGAGGCCCUCGGCCGGACCCGGGCCCUGGACACCCGGGCGAGCUGGUCUUGGCACCCAGGCAGGGCCAGCCCCUGCACAUCCGCGUGACCCCAGACCACGGGAACAGCACCGCCACCUUGGAGAUAACCAGCCCCUCAUCCGAAGAGUUCUUUUCUAGCACCACCGUCAUUCCUACCCUAGGCAACCAGAAGCCCAGGAUCACCAUUAUCCCAUCACCAAAUGUGAUGUCUCAGAAGCCAAAAAGUGCGGAUCCUACUCUUGGCCCAGAAAGAGCCAUGUCUCCAGUCACAAUCACCACAUUCUCCAGAGAGAAGACCCAGGAAGGUGGGAGAGGCUCGUUCGCAGACAGGCCUGCGUCCCCCAUCCAGAUCAUGACGGUGUCCACGUCCGCAGCACCCACAGACAUCGCGGUUUCUCCCGAAUCCCAGGACGUGCCCAUGGGCAGGACUGUCCUCAAAGUGACCCCCGAAAAGCAGACUGCUCCCACUCCAGUGCGAAAAUACAACUCCAACACCAACAUCAUCACCACCGAAGACAAUAAGAUUCACAUCCACUUAGGCUCUCAGUUUAAGCGCCCCCCCGGGCCUGGGGCUGAAGGAGUGAGCCCAGUUAUCACUGUGCGGCCCGUCAGCGUGGCCGCCGAAAAGGAGCUUUCCACCGGCACGGUCCUCCGUUCCCCCAGGAACCAUCUCUCUUCGCGACCCGGGGCAAGCAAAGUGACGAGUACAAUCACCAUCACGCCGGUCACAACCUCGUCUACUCGAGGAACCCAGUCAGUGUCAGGACAAGAUGGGUCAUCCCAGCGGCCUACACCCACCCGCAUUCCUAUGUCAAAAGGUAUGAAAGCAGGAAAGCCAGUAGUGGCAGCCCCAGGAGCAGGAACUGUGAGCAAAUUCGAGCCUCGAGCUGAGACUCAGUCUAUGAAAAUAGAACUGAAGAAGCCUGCAGCAAGCAGCACUGCCUCUCUUGGAGGGGGAAGGGCUGAGGGCACUGGCUGAGGGGUAUGUUGUGCCCAUGCUACUGCUGCCAUGGAAACAAACCUUUUUGAUUGUGCCAACCCAUUACAUGUACUAAGUUCUUGUUCGUAAAAUAACCAACUAAUAGCCAUGUGUUUCCCUUUGUGUCAGUUUGUUCUAAUGCUGGGAAGCACAGUGAUUAGCCAACCUGCUGUUGGCUGUGAGGUUUCCUGAGGAUGCUGGGCCUCUGUUUUGCCCAUCAAUUUAGCCCAUCAGUUACAAAAACCUUAACAUCUUCAUGGCUCCCCAAAUUUCCAAAGUAAUCCAGGUUUAAUAAACUGUUCUAGAGUAAUUUUAUUUUUUUCCUGAAGCUCUAUUAUGAAACAAGUAUACUGUGUAACAGUUGUCAUUUGCAACUAUCAAAUCUUGAAUUUGAUGGAUAAGAUAUAAGAAAAAUCUCAUAGCUAUUGGGCAUGGACCUCUAAAAUUUAGGAAAAACAAAAGCCCCUAAUAUGACUUAAGAA